AUACGACGUCGUUAACUGCUUAUAACAUCGUUAAAGAAAUGCUUAACGUGUAUUUAAUACGGAAAUUUCGCCGAAAAUAAGCAUUAAAAUUGUAUCCGAAAAAAGAAAAAUCUUUCGAAGGGCAAAAGUGAAAAAAGCUGUGAAAAUUGCUGUAAAAGAGAAAAAAAAAUUUGUGCUUCGAUUUCACUCUACAAAGUCAAAUCAAAUUUCACAUUUUGUGAUUUUAUUUAAUCGUCAAAAGUAUCAAAAAUCAAUUACAAAAGUUAUUACAUAGCGGAAAAAUAGUCAAUAGUGCAUAUUUAUAAAUCAAAUCGUAAAUCUAAGGAAUUUAAAACGGCAACAGAGAAAAUCAAAUUAGAUUCGAACUCAAACUUAAUUGCAAUUCAUUGUUGUGUAUUGAAAUUGAGUCAGAAGGAAAAACGAGUCUCAAUCGGAACCAAUCAUGACAAGCAAUUCCAAUGCAGGGCAAAUGGAUGCGAAAGGAGCUGGGGUGAUUGUUGGUGGUGGCGUGUUAAGAAACUCUAACAAUGGACAUGAAAUGGCACCAUUGAACACUCGUGCAAGAGGUGAUGGUCAUGGAGUGACUAUCGUUCUAUCUCCACCUCAACGUCGCUCCAUAAGUUCACUCACCGCUCCUGGUGGUGACGAUCCCAAUCGUGCUGCAUGGUCAGGCAAAAUGCAAUUCUUCUUAAGCAUCAUCGGUUACUCAGUUGGCUUGGGAAACAUUUGGAGGUUUCCGUAUCUUUGUCAACAGAAUGGCGGUGGCGCUUUUCUGAUUCCUUUCAUGAUUAUGUUAAUAUUAGAAGGAAUUCCACUUUUUCUUAUCGAACUCGGAAUGGGUCAACGUAUGCGUUUAGGUGCUUUAGGAGUAUGGAACACAAUCCAUCCCUGGCUGGGUGGAAUUGGAAUCUCUUCAUGUAUCGUUACACUUUUUGUUGCUAUUUAUUACAAUGUUAUCAUCACGUGGUGUAUCUUCUACUUUGUAAAAAGUUUUCGGUUUCCUUUGCCAUGGUCAGAAUGUCCGAUCAUCAACAACGUGACUGUCGCAGAAUGUGAAAAGUCAUCCGAGACUGAAUACUUUUGGUAUCGUGAGACUUUGGAUGCUGCACCCAGUAUGGAUGAUAACGGAGGUUUCAAAUGGUGGAUUGUAUUAUGUUUAAUGAUAGCAUGGAUCAUCGUCUUCUUCAUUGUGAUGAAGGGAAUUCAGAGCUCAGGAAAGGCUGUGUACUUCACGUCACUUUUUCCAUACCUUGUCUUGACAAUAUUUUUCAUUCGUGGAAUAACACUGGAUGGCGCUAAAGCAGGUUUAAUACAUAUGUACACACCGAAAGUCGAGAAGCUUUUACAGCCAACUGUAUGGCUUGAUGCAGCGACUCAAGUUUUCUACUCUUUCGGUCUCGCUUUCGGAUCACUUAUCGCUUUCGGAAGUUACAAUACGCCGAAGAAUAAUUGCGUUCGCGAUGUUCUUCUUGUAUCAUUUUGCAAUGCUUUUACAGCGAUUUAUGCUUCGGUUGUAAUUUUUGCUAUUCUUGGUUUUAAAGCAACUAAGAAUGUUGAAAGUUGUUGCAAAUCAAAUACUGAAAUUCUCUUCAAUCAUGGACUUAUUAACGACACAAACAUAACUGACGCAUACUCAACAAUCUUAGUUGAGAAAUAUAAUUCGACAAAUACAACAAGUUGGGGAUUUAAAACUUGUAAUUUAGAGACGAUGUUGUCUGAUGUUGGAGAAGGAACAGGGUUGGCAUUCAUCAUAUUCACACAAGCAAUUGUUGAACUUCCUGGUGCACCAUUCUGGUCUGUGCUUUUCUUCACGAUGCUUUUAUCACUCGGCCUCGGAUCACAAAUCGGAAUUCUUGAGGGAAUGCUUUGCACCAUUUUCGACAUUGACAUCUUUAAAAGAGUUCGUAAACCAUAUCUAACCGGCUUCGUUUGUGUGUUUUGCUUUUCUAUCGGACUUAUUUUCACGACUGGUGCUGGAGAAUAUUGGCUCAAAAUGUUUGACUCUUUCGCAGGCACAUUGGGAUUAGUUGUUGUCGCAUUUAUGGAAAUGAUUGCUGUCGUUUACGUUUAUGGACAUGCAAAGUUCACUGAAGAUAUUUAUCAGAUGACUGGUUAUCGGCCGGGUUUAUAUUGGCAGUUGACAUGGCGAUAUAUUGGCCCGGCUAUGAUGUCACUACUGCUGAUAGCUUCUGUUAUUUCAAUGCUGACAACAGCACCUGAAUAUGGUGCUUGGAGUGCAACUGAAGCGAAGACUAUAAUGAAACCAUAUCCAAAAUGGGUUAUGAUGAUUGCGGUUGGCAUGAUUUGUGCGGGAGUUUUGCCAAUGCCAAUCGUUUACCUUCUACGACGUUUCCAAAUUCUUAAAGUCGAUUUGGACAUUCAUCAAGGAUCUAUUCGUCGUAAUGAAACAACAGCGUCAACUAAGGAAAUGAUCGAUCAAGAUGAUGACGCAAUGAGUCCCGAUAUGCCAAUGCCACCAGCUUCGUCUUUAGCUGCGACACGGUUCACGAUUGGAGAUUUCGAUGAUGACGAAGAAUAUGGCAAUGGAAAUACUCGCCUUGGUGGUCCCUUGGCAACGAGCGAUUCUGAGGAUGACCCAGACGAAGACGAGCCAAUGACGAUGGGAAAUAUGAAGAAUAUAACUACAAGGAACAAUAACAAUAAUUUAAAAAUUUAUUACAACAAUCAUCAAAAUUCAUCAAAGAAGCCAUUUAAAAUGGAAAUUGUAGAUUUUUAAUUUUUUUUAAAAUCAUUUCUCACUUCAACCCAGAUUUAUGAAUUUGGAGUACACAAAUCUCUCUCUCUCUCUCUAUUUAUCUAAUUAAUUGACAUGAUGUGAUGAUGAAUUAAUUUUAGUUUAGUUAUAUUAGUUUAAUGAACUUCAUAGCGUUUAGUUUUUGAUGAUAAGGUAAAAGUAAAAGAAAAACGUUUUUGAUAAAGCUUGUGAUCCAUCCGAAGGAAUUUAGUUUACUACCUAAAACAAAUUAGUUAAAGCUUAAAGCUCAAAAUCUGUCUCACGGAGAAUAUUAACGUAAUUUUUAUGAAAGUGAUUAAAUGAAAACUUCUAUUAGAGAAUCCCACCACUACCCGUAGUAAAUCUUAUUAAAGUUAAGAAAAGCCAAAUUAGGUUUGCACUUCGAGUGCUUCUGCUUUGACGAUGUGGCUUCAUUUGUACACGAAAGUCGUAAGAUUAUCCAAAGAAAUUCUUUACAUUUUAUUAUUAUGUUUUUCUUUUAUUAAUUUAAAUCAGUAUACAAUUUAGCAGCACUCAAAACUCCAAGGAAGAUUAUCAAGGAAAAUAUUUUAAUUACAACAGAAACAGAUUCAGUUCCUAUUUUGGAAUGAAAUUUUAACAUUUUAAUAAUUUUCCAAAUGAAACACCUCGCCGUUUUUCUUGCAAAGAACGAUAAAAACUUUUAAAUAGUUUUUAGAGACUGAAAAAUGAUGUGUAAAGCUCGAUUCGACAUUUAUAUGGCGUUGCCAUAAAUGAUGAAGGAUAAUUAUAUGUUAAGAUAAAUUGAAAUAUAUUUUAGAAAUGUUUGGAAAAUCAUUGAUUUCUUCACAUUUGAAACUGUUAGAUGCUUGUAUGCUUCUUUAGCAUCAUGAAAAAUCUACAUAAGGGAGUGCGUCUAUUGUUCAAUGUCUGAAUUGAAUUCUGUUGAGUAAAUAUUCAGCUUAAAUACAAAAGCAUACCUACAUAAAUAAAUAAAGUAUAUCCUAAACUAGAGCAAAUGAAAACUGGAUUUGUAAACGUAUAGACUCGUUAGUAAUUGAGUGACAAAAUUAUUAAUGCUGAAAUUUUAAUGUGGAUCGAGUAUUUAUUGGCCAACCUUUUGGAAGAAUCUUUUAAAUUUGGACUAAAUCAUCAACUAACUAGGAGUCGAAUAACUUUGAUUUGUACCUCAACUAAAAUAUUUAUCGAUCAAAAAUAUUUAUUUCUCAUAAGAAAUGUACUUAGAUGAACGCUUCGAGAACGAAGUUUAAAAAUAUCUUUUGCCAAUGUUUAAGAAAUUAUUUGAACAUUCUCCGAAAAAAGAUAAUUUUAUGAAUCGUUUGCAAAUUAAUUGGACUUUAAAAGUUCAGAUUUAUUCACAGUUACAAGUUGAUAUGAUGACGCAAAAAGUACGUACAUAUAUUGAGAGAUAUGUUGUAACUUAUUGGUGUGGAAAAACCAGAUGUUGAGAUACAAAAAAACGCUAUAUGAAAAUAGUAUUAAAUACUUAUAAAGCUAGAUCUUUUUUGGUAGAAGAAAGGAACUUAUAUUUUUGCAAAAGAAAUGCAUAUAAGAACAUAAAUAUAACACGAGAAUUCAAUUAAUUAGUAAUACUGUAAAUAAUUUCAUAAGCUGUAAUAAAGUGUAGAAAACAGUGAAAUUAUCGUUGUUUUAAAUUCUUGGAAAACAAUUACAAGCUCGUGUUGGCUUAUCACAUGAUAGAUUUGUUGAAAACUCUCACGUGUCUUUUUUUAUCAUGACAUUUUCUUCAUCAACUCAGUUUAAAUUUUGCGUGGGCAGAUGCUGAUUUACAAUCUAAUUUCAACGGUCAUUUGCUUUUUGAAAAUUGCUUAAUCUAGAUUAAACCAGGGUGUCCAAGUACAGAAAAAUAUGUAAACAAAUCGAAAAAAUAAAUUGUAAAUAAAAACAAAC